CGGUAACUAAACCAAGCACCAGCCUCUCAAGCUCUGCUGUUUUGUUACGGGUCGGCGUUAGCUGAGGCCUGGAGGACGAGCUCGUCUGAAGUGCUCCAGAUUUCUAGGCUACCUCAGUUUUUGCUUAAUUCCUCACGCUUAUCUUGAAGUGUUGGUCUUUGUAUUUUUAAAUCUGCACGAUUCACCAAGUGAAUGUUAAAUAUUCCAAAGUUACUGUCUAGAUUGAUAUGUUCUGUUGACUGCUCUGCUCACUUCUUGGGCUAAGCUUUGUAGCGUUUUAGCAUUAGCUUUGUAACCAGCCCCACUGUCAUUAGAGAUCUAAUGCAUCUGUUUUGUCCAAAACGGAGAGUGAAACAUGUUGGCUAACCUACCACGCAGCAGUCACCCCAGGAUGAGCAGGAGAAACUCCUGGAUGAGGCAGUCCAGGCUGUUAAAGUGCAGUCAUUUCAAAUGAAACGGUGUCUGGACAAGAACAAGCUGAUGGAUGCACUGAAACAUGCCUCGAACAUGUUGGGGGAACUGCGGACUUCCAUGCUUUCUCCUAAAAGCUACUAUGAAUUGUACAUGGCUAUUUCAGAUGAGCUGCACUACUUGGAGGUCUACCUGACUGAAGAGUUCGCCAAAGGCCGCAAGGUGGCCGACCUAUAUGAGCUUGUUCAGUAUGCUGGGAACAUCAUCCCCAGACUGUACUUGUUGAUAACGGUGGGAGUGGUGUACGUGCGCUCCUUCCCUCAGUCACGCAAGGACAUUCUGAAGGACCUGGUGGAGAUGUGCCGUGGUGUGCAGCACCCUCUGCGAGGCCUGUUCCUUAGGAACUACCUGCUGCAGUGCACCAGGAACAUCCUGCCUGAUGAUGGGGAACAGGCUGAGGAGGAGAUGACCGGGGACAUCAAUGACUCGAUCGACUUCGUCCUGCUGAACUUCGCUGAGAUGAACAAGCUGUGGGUGCGGAUGCAGCAUCAGGGCCAUAGCCGUGACCGUGAGAAACGGGAGAAGGAGAGGCAGGAGCUCCGCAUUCUUGUUGGGACCAACCUGGUCCGGCUCAGCCAGCUCGAGGGCGUCAAUGUAGAGAAGUACAAACAGAUUGUGCUGCCUGGAGUGUUGGAGCAGGUGGUGAAUUGCAGAGAUUCUCUGGCACAGGAGUACCUCAUGGAGUGCAUCAUACAGGUCUUCCCAGAUGAAUUCCAUCUCCAGACUCUGAACCCUUUCCUCCGUGCCUGUGCUGAACUUCACCAGCACGUCAAUGUGAAAAACAUUAUUAUUGCUCUCAUUGACAGGUUGGCCCUAUUUGCCCACAGAGAAGAUGGACCUGGAAUUCCUGCUGAAAUCAAACUCUUUGACAUCUUCUCACAGCAGGUUGCUACAGUUAUUCAGUCCCGUCAGGACAUGCCCUCCGAGGAUGUGGUCUCCCUGCAGGUCUCUCUCAUAAACCUGGCCAUGAAAUGCUACCCUGAACGUGUUGACUAUGUGGACAAGGUCCUGGAGAGCACUGUGGAGAUCUUCAACAAGCUCAAUCUGGAACACAUUGCAACCAGCAGUGCAGUCUCCAAGGAGCUCACCAGACUGCUGAAGAUUCCUGUGGACACAUACAACAACGUUCUCACUGUGCUCCAGCUUAAACAUUUCCCUCCACUGUUUGAAUACUUCGAUUACGAGUCGCGCAAGAGCAUGAGCUGCUAUGUCCUCAGCAACACCCUGGACUACAGCACCACGAUUGUGGCCCAGGAGCAGGUCGAUGCUAUCCUGAACCUGGUGUCCACGCUGAUCCAGGAUCAGCCAGAUCAGCCAGCGGAGGAUCCGGACCCAGAGGACUUUGCUGAGGAGCAGAGCCUUGUGGGCCGCUUCAUCCACCUGCUGCACUCAGACGACCCUGAUCAGCAGUACCUGAUUUUAAACACAGCCAGGAAGCACUUCGGAGCCGGGGGUAAUCAGAGGAUCCGCUACACACUUCCCCCUCUGGUCUUCGCCGCCUAUCAGCUUGCCUUCCGAUACAAAGACAACUCCUCCUCAGAUGAUAAAUGGGAGAAGAAGUGCCAGAAGAUAUUUUCUUUUGCCCACCAGACCAUCAGUGCGCUUAUAAAGGCAGAGCUUGCAGAGUUGCCCCUCAGGCUCUUCCUCCAGGGGGCACUAGCAGCCGGGGAGAUUGGCUUUGAGAACCAUGAAACAGUGGCCUAUGAGUUCAUGUCUCAGGCCUUCUCUCUCUAUGAAGAUGAGAUCAGUGACUCUAAGGCCCAGCUGGCUGCCAUCACCCUCAUCAUCGGCACGUUUGAGCGCACACGCUGUUUCGGCGAGGAGAAUCACGAGCCUUUGCGCACCCAGUGUGCCCUCGCUGCCUCUAAACUGCUGAAGAAACCCGACCAGUGUCGUGCCGUCAGCAUCUGUGCACAUCUCUUCUGGUCUGGGCACAACACCGACAAAAAUGGAGAGGAGAUCCGUGAUGGUAAGCGGGUGAUGGAGUGCUUAAAGAAGGCCCUGAAGAUUGCCAACCAGUGCAUGGACCCAUCUCUACAAGUGCAGCUCUUCAUCGAAAUCCUCAACCGAUAUGUCUGUUUCUAUGAGCGGGAGAAUGAUGCGGUGACAGUUCAGGUUCUGAAUCAACUGAUUCAGAAGAUCCGUGAAGACCUGCCCAACCUGGAGGCCAGUGAGGAAACUGAGCAGAUAAAUAAACACUUCCACAACACACUGGAGCACCUGCGUCUGCAGAGAGAGUCACCGGAGUCCGAGGGACCUGCGUACGAGGGGCUUGUGCUGUAGGAUGUGUAUAUGCGCACGCGCGCACACACACGCACACACACGCACACACACGCACACACACACACACACACACAUACAU